GUGACCCAGCUGGUUCAAAGGUAGGCCCUGCCGAGUCAGUCGUCUAAAUUCCAAAACACCGUUUGGGCGAUCCCAGACAGACUAGACUUAUUUACUCCUGCAGCUAAAAUAGAGGACUGUAAGCUAAGCCAAGCCCAGCAGGGAUCGAGAGACACAGUGACCAAUAUAGAGACACCAGAUUCAUUAUGGGCCAGACGCUGUCGGAACCGGUGACCACGAAGGACUCGGCCUGCUGUGGGAAUGCUGCAUACCGUGUGGGAUCCAGUUGCAUGCAGGGAUGGCGCGUGGAGAUGGAGGAUGCCCACACCCACAUUCUGGCCCUGCCGGAGGAUCCGCAGGCGGCCUUCUUCGCCGUCUACGAUGGGCACGGUGGAGCGGCGGUGGCCAAGUUUGCCGGCAAACAUCUGCACAAGUUCGUGACCAAGAGGCCGGAGUACAGGGACAAUGGCGUGGAGAUGGCCUUGAAGAGGGCCUUCCUCGACUUCGAUCGCGAGAUGCUUCACAACGGGUCCUUUGGGGAGCAGAGUGCAGGAUCCACUGCCGUGGUGGUGCUCAUUCGCGAGCGGCGCCUGUACUGCGCCAAUGCGGGCGAUUCGCGGGCCAUAGCCUGUGUUUCCGGGAUGGUCCAUGCCCUGUCCGUGGACCACAAGCCCAACGAUGAGGCGGAGACCAAGCGCAUCCUGGCCGGCGGCGGUUGGGUGGAGUUCAACCGGGUAAAUGGCAAUCUGGCCCUUUCCCGCGCCCUCGGCGACUUCAUCUACAAGAAGAACUCUCAUAAGGGUCCCGAGGAGCAGAUCGUGACGGCCAAUCCAGAUGUGGAGGUCCGUGACAUUACCGAGGACUGGGAAUUCGUGCUCCUCGCCUGCGAUGGCAUUUGGGAUGUGAUGACCAGCUCGGAGGUCGGCCAGUUUGUGCGCAGGCGCAUUGGCGAUGGCCUCGAACCGGAGGCCAUUUGCGAGGAGCUGAUGAACAACUGUCUGGCUCCGGAUAGCAACUCGAACGGUCUGGGUGGUGACAAUAUGACCGUGAUCCUGGUGUGCCUGCUUCACAACAAAAGCUACGAGGACCUGGUGGUGCGUUGCGGGGGCAAGCGGAAGACCCCUGUGGAAACAGUGGGCGACAUCAAGGACCAACCGGUCCUGAAAGUGGUCACUCCCUUCUCUCAGGGAUCUUCCGGCACCUCGGCCUCGCGAUUGGGCCUGGGUUUCGGCCUUCGCGAAAGCGAUUCCCCAAAGAAGAAAUCCUAACAGCACCUCAACCAUUUUGUUUUUUCCGUUCUACGUUUUCGUUUCUCGUUUUUUGGCUCCCACAAUUAAACUCAUAAUUAGGGACAUCAGAUUAGUAAGCCUCACACUGAUGGCUCUCCAAAAUUUCCAGUCGUCGAAUAUGUUAUUUUCGAAUCUUUUUUUCCACCGCUUUGGCAGCUAAAAUUUAAUAAAAUGU